GCUACACCGCGAAGGCGGGAUUUCCUUAAAUCAUUCACUUUCCGGCCACUCCAUUGUAGGGCACCAGCUCGCUCGUUUGCGCACAGAAAUCAUGGGAGGACACGACGCUGGAACUCACCACCAGUUCACUGGCAUCGCCAAGUACUUCAAUUCAUACACAAUCACAGGCAGGAGGAAUUGUGUGUUGGCCACAUACGCCAGUAUUGCUGCCAUUAUCCUCUUCUUUAAAUUGAAGCCCAAGAAGCAAAAGGCCGUGAAAUCAAGUUAAUUUAUAGAUGUUUUGUGUUGAAACUAGGGGUGCGGGAAGCUGGAUGUCCUUGUUUUGACCUCAUCACUUAAGUUCAACUAUGUAAAGAAUAAAAAAAAAAAGAUCACUUACACCAAACAAACGUUGUGUAGAAAAUUUUAUUUACAAUUUUAGGAACUAGUAUUAAAAUUUGUACAGAAACUGUGAACCGUGUUCAUAUGCGACACAUUUCAAAGAUCAAUGACAAGUUUCUGAAUAAGAAUGGAAGAGCUUAUCAUUUACAAAGACAAAAAGAGACCAGCCACAUCAUUUCGAGGCAUGUGAUGUGUAAGGGCCUUGGGGGGGAAAAAAGCAUGGCAGUGAUGCGAUCGAUGAGAAAACGAAAUAAGCUUCUCGUGAGCAUGAGGUGUAAAAUCUGAUCUAGAAUCAGCAUAUGAAUGAUGCAAGAGGUAUCGGUGGCUGCUGUAUGCUCAGUGCUUGAUGGUUCAUUAUGAUGUCUUUCACUUCGCUUGAACCUAUUUCACAUAUUCGGGUGAGCAGUAAUCUUUCAAUAACAUGCACCAUUCAC